GCGGCGGGCGACACCAUCUCCCAGUUCUCCACCGAGUCGGCCACCAGCACUGAGGGGGGAGGCGGCGGCGGCAGCAUCUUCGUGGCGGCGGGCGACAUUCGCCGCCGCCUCGAGGAGUCCCUCAGCAGCAGCAAAAGCACCAAUGUGGUGCGCUACUGCCCCGAGGACCCCUCCGCCUCGGCCCUCAAGGAGCCCUGGGAGGGGAAGGUGGCGCGCAUCCGCGACGCCUCCCCCUAUGGCCACCUGCCCUCGUGGAGCCUCAGUGCGGCCAUCGUCAAGUGCGGCGACGACCUCCGCCAGGAGAUGCUCGCCUACCAGGUGCUGGAGACGCUGGCGAGGAUAUGGACGGCGGAGCGGGUGCCCCUCUGGCUGAAGCCCUACCGCAUUCUGGUCACCUCGGCGGACAGCGGCAUCAUCGAGCCGGUGCUCAACUCCAUCUCGCUGCACCAGGUGAAGAAGCACUGCACCACUUCGCUGCUCGACUACUUCGUCAAGGAGUUUGGCGGCUCGCUCACCAGUGAGGAGUUUCUCACCGCGCAGAAGAACUUUGUCCAGUCCUGUGCUGCGUACUGCAUCGUCUCCUACCUGAUUCAGGUGAAGGACCGCCACAACGGCAACAUUCUACUUGAUCACGAGGGCCACCUCAUUCACAUUGACUUUGGCUUCAUACUCUCCAACUCGCCGCGCAAUCUGGGCUUUGAGAAUUCGCCCUUCAAGCUGACGCAGGAGUUUAUUGAUGUGAUGGGCGGCCACGGCAGUGACAUGUUCGAGUACUUCAAGAUACUGAUCCUGCAGGGCCUGGUGGCGGCUCGCAAGCACUCCGACCGUCUCGUCAGUUUGAUUGAGAUUCUCAUCACUAGUCCCUCCAUGGCGAGCUGCUUCUCCAAUACGGCCUUCAUCCUCCGCUCACUACGAGAGCGCUUCCACAUGAACCUCACCGAGGAGCAGCUGCAGCAGCACGUCGACUCGCUCGUGGAGGCGAGCAUGCACUCGCUGACCACAAAAAUCUACGAUAACUUUCAGUACUUUACGAAUGGAAUCUUCUAA